CACAUACACACUCACACACCCAUCUCCAAACACGAAACGCGCAACAACACGACCCACGCUGGCAUGGACUCGGAGCACGAGAGCGAAGACGAAUUCACCCAGAAUGACGACAACAGGACCGACGAUGGCUCCGACCGAGGCGAGGCUGACGAUGAUACCACGGUCAAUGCAGCUCCUUCGACACAGCCAGACGAGUCUGCAGCGGAAACAACAGCUGUCAGGACACAUACGCCAUUGAUAUUACAGCCCAAUGUUCUUGACUGCAAGUCCUUCGAUAUCAUGCCAUGUGUAUUGGCGGUACACCCCUGCAACAUCUACUGCAUGGCAGCAACCCAAUGUAUGCGCUGGGUCUUUACUGGAUCAGAAGAUGGAUAUAUCCGGAAAUACGAUUUCUUUGCCUCGAUGAACGGCAAGACCAUGCUCACACAGGGACAACGGCAUGGACAAGUGGACUCUGUUACAAAGGCAGGAAUUUUGACCUCAUACUGGGAAAACGAGGAGCAACCCAUCAAAGUGCAGCCUAUCCUUGGCGAGGAUGGACUAACAAUGGCUACGCCAGGAGCAAGCUCAUCUACUGCUGGAGAUAUGGAUAUCACUAUGAAACAGGAAGACUUUGCUGAUCGAGCUACAUUAUCAGUCACGCAACAGCAACCACUCAGGGCGACAUCUCCCUUUGGCGAAGAGUCCAAAAUGUCGGCCGUAUACAGUCUUGAUUGCCACUCUGAGGCCGUUUUUGCACUCUCGGGCUUGGAGAGUGGAUCGAUCAACCUCUGGACACCUAGACAUGAGGAAGGAACUUGUCACCAUGUUUUCCGACAACACACAGCACCCGUGUCUGCGAUUAAAUUGACGCCGGAUCAGCAAGGUUUCAUCAGUGGCUCUUGGGACCACAGCGUUCUGCAAUGGGACCUCAACAACGGCGCGGUAGUACGGACAUACGGCGGACACGGCUCCCAGAUCUCAUCCCUUAACUUCCAGCCCACAGAAAUGCCCGUGGCUACCAUGGACAUGUCCAGUCCUACAGCAAACUGUAGCAACGAUGCCGUCUUGAUGUCAACAAGUGUAGAUGGCAUGAUUUGUCUAUGGGACAGGAGAGAUCCGACUUCGAUCCCGAGAAAGCUGAUGCCUCCGGAAAAGGUGCCGCCAUGGUGUCUCUCGGCAUGUUGGAGCGCGGACGGAAAGCGGAUAUACUGUGGCAGACGAAACGGAACAGUGGACGAAUGGGAUUUCGCUGAAGGGAGAUUUAUCCAGUCGAUCAGGAUGCCCGCCAACUCGGGACCCGUGUCCUUUGUCAAGUGCAUGCCCAACAACAAACAUCUUGUCUGUGCAUCUCAGGAUAAUAUUCGCCUAUGGAACAUUACGGAGCUUGGCUCCAAGUCCUCCCUGCGUCCAUUCCAGAUUAUCGCUGGCCACCAUGGAGGACUCAUCUCCAACGUCCAUAUUGAUCCUACCUGUAAAUAUAUGAUUACAACAUCCGGCAACCGAGAGUGGGAAGGGCCAAGUACCAAUGGCUGCCUCUUUUACGAUAUCCAGCCGCUGCUCUAGACUUAAUGCUGCAAAUAAAUCGCCAAACGCUGUGCUGUAGAACAUCGAUGGAAUCAAACAUUGAGGGAAAUAUGCAUUGUUUUGAGAGCUAGAAUACAAGUAUGCAUUAAAAAUAAAAAAAUAAAAAAAAAAGAGAUAGAGGGAUGGAGACAGAGACAGAGAGAGG